AUGGAUCAUUUGCAACCAGAUUGGGUUCCAGCAUCAGCAACGAAGGCACAAUUGAGAAACGUACUCAAUAAACAUAACGUAGUAUACCCUAGUAAUGCCAAAAAGACAGAUCUCGUUGAAAUUUUUGAAGAGAAAGUAAGACCGAAUGCUUCGAAAUGGUUAGCAGAGUAUAAUACAAGGGUUACAAACUCACACGACCAAGGGUUCCUCAAUGCCCAGGACAGCGGUCUGAAACUGACAAUACAAAAGAAUGCUGAAGGUGAGUUUAGUCGCCUGUCCAGCACUGAUGACCCAAGCGAUACUAGCUCUGUGAUGGAUCAAAAUGCAAAGGUUACAAAGAAGAAAAGAAAUACGAAAAGAACAGUAUCCAGAGAGACCAAGGUAUUAACGGACGAUCUUUACCUGAAAAGAGUUCCUAGCGGUGGUGCGAAGAAAUUGGAAGAAGAGUUGAGAAAUUCUCCAACGACCAAUGAUAAGGGCGGAGAUAGCAUUGGAAGCAACGCAAAAUCAAAAAAGAACGAUUUGAAAAUAUAUUCAAAGCUGGAAGAGAUGGAGGUCAAACCAGAUACAACCGAUAUGAAGUCGGCCAACCACAGCGAUUACUCGAUCGACAGCGAUUAUUCAGCAAGCGACUCAAAAGCAGGUCUGAGUUUCAGCAACGACAAUGUAUUUCAGACAAGGAAAAGAGACUUAAGUAAGAAAAAGAGAAAGCGCACUAAUGACUUUGAAUCAGAAACUAAGAGCCCUAAAGUUAAAGUUGCUAAAACACACAAAUCCCCGGAGCCCAAUUCCAAGAGUAGCUCUCAAAACACAUCACAAAUCAUUUCGAAGCAAAGAUCUCCAAACAAGUCGAUAUUUGAGGAUAGUGAUUCCGAGAUUUUCGAAUAUUCGGUUAUUACCAAAGAUGAUUUAAACAAGUUAAAAAGCUCCCCAAAAGUAAAACACAAUGAUGGGAAAGAUCAUGAAACAUCAAAGGCAACACUUGAUCUGGAAGCAAAUUCGCAGACUUUGGAAACGCCCGUAGACCUGAAGUAUGCUGAGUCUAUCACUGGCGUUGAUACUAGAAUUGGAGCUGCUGAUGAAACAGAUACCAACGUCAAUACUAAAGUGAUGGAAGCCCAGUAUUCUCCAGUAAUUGAUCAUGAUUUUGCAAAUCUGUUGGGUAUUACCAUUCAGGGCCUGGAACCCACAAUCAAAUUAGAAACGGAACCCUUCAGGGCGAGUACGACCAAGGAUGAGUCAGUCGACAGUGCAAGGCUUUACUCAUCCGAGUUUAAACAAAGAACGCUGCUGCCACACGUAUCUCAGACUCCGCUGAAAACCGAGACGGAAUAUCUGUCCUCUCAUUCCUCUAAACACAACGGAUUGAACACUCCAAAACAUGGGUCCCCCUUUCCCACUUCACAAACAAAGGUGAGAGGUGUAUCAUCUUCAUCUUCCUCAUCAUUGUCAAAAGGAAAGAAACAGUCAAGUGAUAUAUCUACUACAAUGCUGAAAAAGACACCAUCAACAGAAAGUGCCAAAUACAGCACAUCCACUGAAUCCAAAGCAUUGAACAAUAGCGCUGGCAGGAAAAUAAAAAGAAGAAUCGUCACUCCGAUAUCUGUAAAUGAUUUACCAAGACGUCCAAGGACUGCUCUUACUAAAUCUGCGCUCACCCCGAAACCAAGAUUAAUUUCGAUUUCCUCUAAUCAAUACUUCCUGGAUGAUGAGGACGAAGAAGAAGAAGAAGAAGAAGAAGAAGAAGAAGAAGAAGAAGAAGAAAACAAAAAGGGAGAGGAUGAAGGAAUGGGUGAACAGGAGUUGACUGACGUGGGAAGUAAGAUAAUAAAAGCUCCAAAAGAGUCUGCUCAUAACAAGGACGGCCACAAAGGAUGGAAGCCAAUCAGUAUUACCAGUGCGUUAUUUACGUUUGUUUCUUAUUCGUUGGUUGUCUUUUUGGCCAUGUUCGGAUAUUGGUACCACGAGCAAAAGUAUUUGGUUGGAUAUUGUGGCCUGGAAGUAUACCAACCUACAUUAAGUAAUGCUGAAAGUGUUUCUUUGAAUCAAGCUGGAAAAUUUUUGGAUGAUCAUUGUAAGCCAAACUGUAUUCCAUGUCCAUCACAUGCACGUUGCUUUCCAAACUUAGAACUCGCAUGCUACGAGGAUUUUGUUGAGUACAAGCCAUGGUAUGACUUUAUUAUACCAGGUCGAAAGAAAUGUGUUUCUGACACAAUGAAAGCCGAGAAGUUGGAGAUUAUGAUAGAUGUGGCUUUGGACUUGUUACGAACUAAGAAUGCACAGGUGUCCUGUGGCAAGGGCAACGAUGACGAGGAGAGUGGUAUCUCGUUAACUAUUUUGCAUGACUUGUUGUUAUCCAUGAAGGCUCCAUAUAUUACAAUUGAGGAGUUUGAAGAGCUCUGGAUAAAAUCAGUAGCCGAAUUGGAGAAGGAACCAGAGGUGAUUGUAAGGCAAUCAAGAAUUACAAGUAUUUCAGAUACAAGAUCCUCUGUUGGCGUUGACAACACGGAGACCGCGGUACAAAAGGCAAACAAGAUUUUUCGAUCAACGUCCUUAUCAAACAUUAGCUUGAAGUGCCAGUUGAAAAAUGGACUUGUUGGGAAUGUUACCGAGUAUAAAUUACCCAUUUUUAUAAUUUUGGCCGUAGUUAUCGGGUUUAAAGUUUUACAGUACAAAUAUAGGAAUCACCAGCUCCAAUUGGUCAAGAUCGAUAUCAUAUACCAAGAAGUAAUCAACAAAUUGGUGACGCAAUUGAAGGUUUCGAAAAAUGAUCCUAGAGUCAAGCCAUAUGUUGGAUCAAAUCAGUUGAGGGAUCUUAUAUUGAGCAACGAACAUAAUUUGGGAGAGAGGAUGAGGCUAUGGAAUAUAGUCAGUGAUAAAGUUGACAACAACACAAACAUUGUCACAAAUAUUGUGGAAGAGUAUGGCGAGAUCAUGAAGGUUUGGCAAUGGAUCAAUGAGAUUGAUUUAGAUGUUUUGUGA